UUUUUUGGUUUAAUGGUAUUCUGACUCAGGUAAUUUAUGUUUUGCUGCUUGCUUUACAAUAACAUUAGGCCAAGUUCGCUAGAUGUAGAGCGUGAAUAGACUCAAUAAUUACUGAACAAACAGUGCUUCACGACUUCUCCAAAAUGCCGUCGUCGCCUAGAAGGAAAACGCAUAGAGAGAAACGAAGAGAACGCGAUAGAAACAGAUCUGCUGGCAGAGAACGACGACGUUCAGUUGAACGGGAGAAAAGUCGGGACAGAAGCCGUGAACGUCGGGAGCGAGACAGAGAACGAGAUUUACGACAGCGAGAGUAUAGACGAAGAACCAGAUCGAGAUCACGAUCGUAUGACAGAGCUCGUGAAAAGUCUCCGUUACCAACAUCAUCCAAACGGUUACAUAGCAAGCCAGUUGUUACAGAAGCAGAACUUGAAGGUAAAUCUCCCGAAGAACAAGAGAUGUUGAAAACUAUGGGAUUUUGCGGUUUUGACACGACCAAGGGCAAAAAAGUAGAAGGUAAUAACGUAGGCGAGGUGCAUGUUAUUCUAAAACGCAAGUAUAGACAAUACAUGAAUCGUAAAGGUGGCUUCAAUCGACCGCUGGAUUUUGUAGCAUGAUUCAGGUUAAUUUGUUUGAUAUCUUGUGUCGGAGCAUAAAAAACGGUUCAGACUGUUUUCAAAAGGGUUCAACCGAGAACAAGUAAUGUUUCAAUUCAACAGUGAACUUAAUUUUUGUUUGUUAGUUAUUAGUUUCAUAUUUUCAAAUGGGUAUAUUCAAAGUGAUCCUUAGCAUUCAAAUCAUUCUCCAUAAUGUACAAUAGUCGCAACACAACACAACAAACGGGUUCCAUAUAACUGCAAUAGCCAUUUUUCAUAUACAAACACACCAUUACUAAAUUUACCAAACAAUGCAAUAGCCAAAAAAGAAGUGUAGGAUUGUGAGUCUGAGUGGAGGUAUCAAAUUUGAAACCGUGCCUUCAAAUAACAUAAGUUUUUCAACCACACUAAACACUAAUUCGGACAUUUAUUUCAACUUAUCCAAAAUAAUUCUUCAUUAAUUUUGGUAACACACUGUUAUUGUGUAAUUAUCUUCCAACUCGGAUUAUAUACAUCUUGCACUUCUUUUAUUUUAACACAACAAACCUUAGAUUUUAUUCGCCACAGUUAACAAUAGCAUCAAAACAGAAACUUUAAUAUACCUCAUACAAUAGAUUAUAUAAAGCGUAUUUGUAUGUAUAAGUAUUAUACAUUUGGAUACUAAUAUAAUACGUAAAAUAAGCAAACAGGUUUUUGUAUGUCAACUUUUUGAAUAAUUUAGAUAGUUUGGAUUUACCCAGAAAACAUGUUUUUGAAUAAAUAGAUGUUCAACGUUAACAUCAUUAUUGUUAUCUUGCUUUCGUUGUUUAAUCCGUCUGGUCGUCCAGAUGUAAUAAUAAUUAUCGAUAAUGAAUGUUUACAAAAAUAGAAGAAGACAAGCAUUUGAGAAAAUGAUCAACCUGUUUCAAAUUGAAAUUGAUUUAUGAGCUAGAAAUAUACAGAAAAAAAUCAUCUUAAGCUUCUAUGAAAUGUAAGGGGAAAAAUAAAUGUGACAAUUUCUAA